ACAGACAAUUUGAUCGAAGAAUUGAUGCGUUUCGUUUGCAUUUUGCUGUAAUUUGAUGUAUUAACAGCGCCUCCCCGGUGUGUUUCAGCGCCGUCCGCCGCCGCCGGCCGCCAUGUCCCCUCCGGGCGGCAAGGUGCUGCUGAGGACCGGGCCCGGGGUACGGCCGCACGUGCGGCGCGGCCAGCUGCUUCUCUCUGCCCAGCCAUUCGUCUAUGUCCUCAAAUCCGACGGUCUCCGCGUGCGCUGCUCCUACUGCCUGGAAAAGCGGGACCAUCUGCACCGGUGCUCCGGGUGCCAGGUGAUGUAUUUCUGUGACCGCGAGUGCCAGAAGCGGGCCUGGAGCGAGUUCCACCGAUCGGAAUGCGCCCGUCUGAAGAAGGUGUCUCCGCGUCUGCCGCCCGACACGGCGCUGCUACUGGCGCGACUCAUCGUCAAACUGAGGAACGGCGGUGACCGCAUCUCGGACCGUAUCACGGACACCCGGCACCGCUCCUUCAAGGAUCUCAUGUCUCACUACCGCGACAUCAAGGCUACUCCGCGGCGGAUGGAGCACGUGGCCGCGCUCACCGUCGUGCUGAGGUCGUUCCUCGGGCCGGACAACUUCCCCAACGACUCCGAGCUGGCCGGCAUGUACGGACGGGUGUGUGUCAACGGCUUCAACAUCCUGGACGGCGAGAUGCUGCCGGUGGCGACAGGCAUCUACCUGUCCGCCUCCAUCAUCGACCACUCGUGUCAGCCGAACGCGGCGGCCACCUUCAACGGCCGGACGCUGAGCAUCCGGGCCACCGAGCCCAUACCAGACUUCACCUGGGAGAAGGUCCGUAUCAGUUACAUCGACACAAUGGCCGACACGGAGACCCGGCGCCGAGAGCUGCGGAACGGCUACUUCUUCGACUGCGACUGCGUGCGCUGCUCGGCCGCCGCCGGCUCUGCCCCGGGCGGGGGCGGGGGCGGCGCGGCGGCCGGCCUGGAGCGCGCCCUCCGCUGCGGCUCGGCAGACUGUCCGGCCACCGUGCCGCUGCCGCCGGACGGAGCGGCGCCGCGGUGUUCCCGCUGCCGCUACCAGGGCUACCCGGCCGACAUCGGAGCCGAGUUUGACGAGAUCGCCCGGCUCACCAGGACUUACGCCCAGGACAACACCGUCUACUACGACUUUUGCCUGCGGCUGCUGCAGCGUCAGGAGGCGGCCAUGCUGCAUCCGCUGAACGUCUACCGCGUCAAGACGCUGGACCUGACGCUGGAGGCCGCCAUCAGCACGGACAUGUGGGAGCGCUGUCUGGAGCUGGGCAGCAAACUCGAGGACGGAUACAGGACGUUCUACGGACCGUGCAGCCCGCUGACGGGCAUCUUCUACCUGAAGGUGGGUAAGAUCGCGCUGUACCGGUUCCAGCACGCGCUGGCGGCGCGCUGGCUGCGUCGGGCGGCUGCCGUGCUCCGUGUCACUCACGGAUCGGACCACCCCGUGUAUGCCGAGCAGCUGGCGCCGCUGCUGCAGCAGCUGUCGGCAGAGACGGCCGGCAGGGAACGCGGCGACGAACUGGGCGACGGUGGGGACUAGGGAGAGGAGAGGGGUCGUGGGGAGGGGGAUGUGGACGGCCCGGGGAGGGCGCUGAAAGGGCUGGUUGAGGGAGGACGUGCCAACGUCUGUGUGUGCUCGCAAGGUUUGACAAAAUUGCCGUCCUCAGAAAUCAUACAUUCAUUAGCUUUAGGAUUAGCUUUAGGUGCACUUUCCUUUUUCCCAAACUCACUCUUCUAUGAGCUUCGUCUUUCAAAUGUAUUCUUUCUCAGAUUACGUCCUUCCGGUUACCGAAUUUACGUAAGAUAUUUCAUUUCAAUGCUUUCAUCUCGGAGUUCUGACUGUAAGGUAGCUUUGCUAAUUUUGUACGCCUGUUUUUACGAUGGUCCUUUCUCCUUUGAGCAUUUUUAUGUUGCUGAGUGAUGCCGGUUAGCUCUCCGCCCAGUCCGGCUCUUUCCCCCAUUCUCAUGUUGUGUCUUCCACCACGUUUUUGCGUAGAUAGGCAUCGCUGUUCGCACUGCCACGCCCCAUGCUGCUGUGAUUUUUUUCGUAAAGAGUGUAACAUAUUAGUAUGUUGUGAUAUACCCGUUGUCGAACUAGUGUGGGAUGAGGUUUAGUGUCCCUGUGUCAAAUAGUGCUAACGGCCUGUUAGCUUGCGUGUGUUCAUCUAGUGCUGGCUGUCUCACGUGAUUGACAUCCAUUCUGUGUGUGAACCCAUUUGAUGUGAUCGAUAGUGUGUAAUGAUGUACGUUCAACACAACUCACUUAUGACAAUACAAACAAAUAUCAACAAA